AGGGAGUCAUGGGUAUACAUGUAAUGCCAUUUGAUUUGCAACAACAGCGGAAACAGUACCGUGCCCCAUUCAAGGUGCAUCUUGCACAAUGGAAUCCCACAUCGGACUUGCUUGCACUAGCCUCACGAAAAGGUGAAGUGAUGGUGAAAAGGAAUGCAUGGAAACGGUGUUGGAAAGUGAAUGUCUCGGAAUUGACUUCAUUCCCGGAAACUCAGUGCACAAAACCGGCGCUGGUAGAAUCUAUGACUUGGUCUCGUGAUGGAGCCAUUUUGGCAGUGGCUAUGAACGAUGGACAUCUGCAUCUGAUUGAGGCUGAGGAGGGAGUGGUGCGAUGGUCCAGAAAUCUGGGACCGAGCACAUGCGCUCAAAAAAUGCGAUGGUUCUGGAGUGGAAAGCCACCAUCGACGAAGGCUGAGUUGGCUGAGAAUUUUGUAGACCGAUCCUAUUAUGACGAAAGCAAAGCUGUGGCAAGUAUCUUUGGCAAUGGUGAAGACAUUAUUGAUGAGCGUAUAAGCAAAACGCUCCUUUACGAGAAUCUCUACAGGAAAUCACUGCGAGGAACUCUCCUAUUUAUGAUUCGGGAUGAUCUGGUUGUACUGGCCCUAGCAGGUGGACUAAUACCAGUCACUGAGAUACGAUUGGCGGACAAGCUAGCACAUUUGAAACUUGAUGUCAUAACCAUAUAUGACGUCCUGUAUUCCCAAAAAGAUGGCCUUACCAUAGCCGUUACCGAUUAUGGACCACGCCCAAAGCUUAACGAGAUAGACCGCGAUACAACAAGUAAACGCAGCUCUGCUCGUUUAUCUGGAGAGAUUGCUGAUCCACUGAGAUGUGAAAGUGCUCUUUCUGCAGAGAAGAAAUUUGGAGUCCCAGCAUUCAUACCCGAUUCAAUCAGUUGUCCGCAUACCCAUCUCGUCAACAUUGGAUUCAAAUUAGAAAACGAAAAAUUGCUUUGGGAACUUCUUCUCAGAUUUCUUAAAAUGUACCAUUGUUUGCUGCACUUCACUUACUCUGUAGAAAUGUCGAAGAAGGAUUGGGAUUCAGAAAGCAAGAUCUUUGCAAAUCGACUAAAUAGCAGCGCGCGUGAUCUACGACUUGGCGAUUCGUUGCUGAAUUGUAUGCUGGGUGGAUCACCGGGACCAUUAGCAGACAGAUGGCUGGAGCGAACGCUAGGAGUCGUGGGAAUACAUUCAAUGCGUGAAUUUGUGGAAAAGAGGUUCAGUGGUCUUGUGGCAUUUUUACGUGGACAAGUGUCGGCUUCAGCGCGAUCCCUCGCUUAUCAAAUGGAUCAGUUUGGGGAGAUUGUUAAAGAGCUGCAGGAUGCAAGCACUAGCUACGAAACUACUUCGUUCAAGCAGCCUUAUGCUGUUCCAAGUCUGUCGCCUGAAGUUGAACAGGUCGAUUCUAUGGAAAUUCCUGAUGUCGCAGCUGAUUGUGCUUUUGAUGCAUUGGAUCAAAGCAAAGCGCUAGCCGUAGUGAAUCGGUUACAUAUCGAUGGUAUUAGAAUCCAAGCCAAAUGCGACGAAAUGAUGUUGGCAGCUGUAAAUAAUCUGCGAGAAUUAUCACAUUUGGUACGAUGGAUGUCUUUACUUACGCCUUUGCUUAAAAACACCAAAAGACCUGCACAAGUUAUCGAAGAGAAUCGCAAAUGGGAUGUAGCAGAACUUCUAGAGUACAUAGUCAAGACAUUUGUGACAGAGCCUGUGGAGCGCGAACGUUUGACAAAGUCGCUGUUCAAAAUAGAAGAUAUAUUGAAGGAAAUGCGGGCUGAGGAAACCAAGCAGAACCUCGAUGUAGAUGAGAUCAUGAGAGACAUCACUGAAGAAUGUUCACCUGCUAAAGACAGAGAUGAUCGUUCACUUGGAGAACUUCUAGCAGCCGGUCGUAAAGGUAUCAGUUCCGUUACUGAUUCUCCAUUGACGGGAGCAACUGAUACCACUCCGCGUAUGAAUCCGGGCCAUCGCCCACUGCAUGCUGAUUAUGUACUUGAUAAGGUCCACACAUUUUGGGAAGAAAGUUUGGACGCAUCCGCUCUUGAAUUGCUUGGCGACAGAUUCGCGAUUGAAGGCCUUGGCGGAGUAGUUGCUUCAACAAAUAAAAGUCUCCAGACGAUUGUUUAUGAAGCUAUCCGCAUAGUCCAAGCAGCGAGUUUAUUAGCCAUACAGAGUAACGCUAAUGCGAGUGUGAAUUGGAUCUAUGAACUAGCAUCCGAUGCUGCCCACUGCGGUUUCGAUACUGUGAGAUUAUCUACGUUCCAGUGGACCGAAGCAAAAGACCAGGACAGCUACGAGAGAAAACUGUUGACUUUGAAAGGAAGAGAUUUAGAGGGCGCAAUUACCGUAUCCGCAGUUUCUCGUGAUGGUCUAAUUUGCGAAUGCAUAGUGCCACAUGCCUUCGGAAAACUCAAAGCUGGAGCUCAGCAUGAAACCAGCUUGGUGGUAGCAAUGCAACCAAAG